ACACUUGUGAACACCCAUAGUAAUGUACUGCACCGUCAACUGCAAAGCACAAGCUGAUGUCGAGGCAGCAUGGACAGAGAGGGCGCGCUAGUCCAGUCCAUCUACUACGGCCGAAUCGGCCACCAGGCCACAGAGAGGCUCCUGGGAAGGUUUGGACAUGAAGGCAGCUUUCUGCUGAGGGACAGUGACACCCAGCAGGGUGCUUACUGUCUGUGUGUCAGGAAAACCCCAUUUGUGCACACCUACAGGCUCGUGCACUCUGAUGAAGGCUGGUCUCUACAGCUUGAUUCAGGCGGCAGACUGCGGUACUUCAGGUCUCUGCAAACACUGCUAGAGAGCUACAGACGAGGCACGGCUUCAGAUGUCAGAUUGGUGUCGCUCACACAUCCACUGGAUAAAACACAGAUAGGAGACUUCACCAAUAGCCAAGUUCUGGCCUACAUGGAGAUGUGACUGCUCAUGAGAAGACUGCUGCCUUUCAUCCUGCACAACACAGCUGACAAAGUCAUGUGCUGACUGACACGAUGUUUGUCAUGUCAGUGUUGUUUACGGUUCCUCUUGAGUGUGAAGUACACCAGUCAUCAUAGAAGAUAUUUGAACAUGUUAAGCAUACUAUUGAAUUCACUUUCAACUGUGCAGUUUAUAGUUUCUUCUUCCUACCAUCUAUAUUUUAUGCAGAAAUGUUUGACAUCAUGUUUAAUGGUAGUUGAGAGGGUGAAA